AUGACUAUAGCUCAAAAUGUUUUCUUUGGAGGUUUGAAGACUACUUUUCAACAUCAUUCAAAUGAAAUUGUACUGAAUUUUCUGAUACAUGUCUUGGGAGAGGAAUAUAUGAGUAAUAUUAGUGUAAAGAAGAAAUUUAAUCCAAAUGUAAUUGAUUUGAAAUUGGUUCUAAAGAAAUUAUUCAGAGGAAUUUCCGAAGAGUUUCAUUCUAAAUUGUAUUGGGAUAUGAUGAUAGAAUUAUCAUUGCAGAAAUUACCUGAAUUAAUUCCAAAGAAAGAAUUUUCAAAUGUUUUAAAGGGCUUAUUCGAAUCUAGAAAAUUCAAAGCUCCAAUAUCUUGGAUAUCAAUUAUGUAUGCCAAUUGUUAUUAUUAUGAGGAUGUAAAUGAGCUAAUGUAUGAACUUUUGAAUAGGAAUGGAAUUGAUACUUUUGGACCAUUGGCAAUAAGUGAAUAUUUUACAGAAUCCAUUUCAAAAACAUUUUCUUUAUUGGCAGAAUAUCAGUUUUUCAUCAAAUAUUUACAAUUUUUGGGAAAAUUCCUAGAAGGAGAGAAAAUUAAUGUACAAGUUACUGAAAAUAGUUAUUUUUAUUCGUUAAUGGGACGAUUAUCCAAUGAAGAGAGUACUAAUUUGAAUGAUUUUCUUGAUAAUUUACCAAUUCCAUUAUUAGAGAUGAUUAACUUGAAAAGUAUGAACCAAUUCCAUGUCAAUAUACAUAGAAUAUUGGAAUAUGUUAAAGGGAAAGGAAUUUUAUAUUCUCAAUCAGCCAUAGAGAAUUAUUUGGCAGGAUUUUACCUCUAUUCAACACAAUACGGUCAAAUAAUUAAAUUCUUAAUUGACAAUUAUCAUACAGCAGAUAUUUAUGAAAUAGAAAAGAAGGUGAAAUUCUACCCAAAACUUGUACAAUAUUUAUCAAAUAUCUAUAAUAAUGUGGCUGUAUAUGUUAAUGAGUUUGCCACUUUAUUUCCAUCAGAUAAACCAAUUGAUUUGGACAAGCUUUCUGAAUCGUGCAGUAGUAGUAGUAGUAGAAGUAGUAUUAGUAUUGGAGAUUUAAUUUUAAAAAAUUGGAAAAAUCCAAAAGAAUUUGUACAAUUUUGUAAGAAACGUUUCAUUCAGAAUAUUUUCUAUUUACCAACAGUUUACCGUAUUCUGUCACAAGUACUCAAAUAUUACAAUGAUAAUUUAGAGAUUAAGAGAGCUAUCUAUGAAGCAGCCAUGUUUAAUGAAAAUCUAAAGCUCUCUAAUUACGUUACCCAAUUACUUGAGGAAGAACCUGAAUUAUUACAAGAAACCACACUUCAAUUCAAUAAUUAUCAUCAAACAGAUCCAAGGUUUGCCAUUUCAGUCUAUCUAUUUUGUAAUGAGAAAUAA